AUGAUCCACGAACAGUAUAGAUUCUUCGGCAAAGAAUUGGUUAAUUCAUCGGGUGAAUUCUAAAAGGAAAACACAGACAGAAAUAAACCAAAGCAUCUUACUGUAUUACCUAGAUAUCUCAAACUAAAUUUAUGGUAGGAAGAGAAAGAAAAUAAAAUGGAAGUUGAAAAUAAUACUCAACAAUUAUGUUCUUUUGAUUAACAAAUGAUUAAAGACCCUUAAUUCACUUCUUUAUAUAAUAAGGAGAUCUAUACUUAUUUGUUGACUUAAGAAGAAAAAUAUUUAGUUAGUAAUAAUUACAUGAAUGAAUAAUAACAACCUGACUUAAAUGCAAGAAUGAGAGCAAUUCUUUUAGAUUGGUUGAUUGAUGUCCAUCUCAAAUUUAAAUUAAGAGAUGAGACCUUAUAUGUUACAACUUAUUUAAUUGACAGGUUUCUUAAUUUUAAGACUACAACCAGAUAAUAACUUUAAUUAGUUGGAGUAGCUUCAUUAUUUAUAGCUUGUAAAUAUGAAGAAAUAUAUCCCCCUGAUUUGAAAGAUUUUGUGUACAUCACUGACAAUGCCUACACAAAAUAGGAUGUCCUUGAAAUGGAAGGAUAAAUAUUAUAAACAUUAGACUUCUCCAUAACCCAACCAUCAAGUUAUUGUUUUCUUUAGAGAUUUGGUAGAAUUGCAGGAUUAGAUACUAAGAAUUUAAGCUUGGCUUAGUAUCUUUUAGAGCUAUCAAUUGUUGACAUCAAAUUUAUGAACUAUAAACCAUCGUUUCUAUCUGCAGCAGCUAUUUAUUUAGUCCACAAAAUAAGGAAGACUCCUCAAUCUUGGAGUGAAGAAAUGCAGAAAAUGACUGGUUAUAAUGAAUAAGAACUUAGGUAUUGUGCUAAAGAAAUGUGUCUUGUUUUGCAAUCAUCAGACAAAUCAAAUUUAUAGGCUGUUAGAAAAAAGUUUGCUUAGCCUAAAUACUAAGAAGUAUCACGUAUUAGAGUAGAAAGGCAAAUUAAAUAAUAAAAAUGAAUGGUUAAUUCAUUUCUAGUUAAAAUGUUUAACAUCUAUAAAUUUA